AUGUCUUCCACCUCUCCUCCGUGGUUUUACCAACCCUCCAAGCCUCAGAGAACUCAGGCAGCCAUGACUCCGGAUGCCUCUCAGGGAGGAAAGACAAGUAGUUGCCCUGAAAUGAAUUCCAAGGACUUCCAACGGAUGCAGAUAGCGAGAGAGAUAAAUGCGCUGUACAAAGACUGCAAAGGCUUGAUGAAGAUUUACGACGCCAAAGCCCCAGCUCCUGAGAACAACUCCCACUAUCGCGACCAGACAUUUGACCAGAUCGAAGAACAUCUUGAUGCGCUUGAUUACUAUGUUCACAAGGCAAUAGAGGGCUACGAGAAGCGCUUGGCCGAGGCUGGCAACUCCGAAUCCGUUCUCGCGAAGAAGACUGACCCUGUCGGCUGUCCUGGACUGUGUCACUCUGGGUGGGAUGCUUGCUAUGGCAAGCUUCUUGAUUCACUUGACGCCCAAAUCGCUGAGAAAGACCGGGAGAUAAAUCGCCUCAAGAAGAACACUCGAUUCAGCGGCACGCACCACUAUCAUUGCAUUCACAUUCCAGAGAAUCAUGGCGUCAGCUCUCGAUACGCCAGAGUCCAAGUCUCGAAUUAUUACUACACCCGGGAUGGAAACAGCAGAUUGACAAAUUUGGAGAAAAAGGGUUCUGAAUUGCAAGGACUGAAGCAACGUGUGACGAACGUCGAAACUGAAAUCGACCGCCUGGGAGAGAACCGAAUUGAUGAAAAGAAGGAGGUUGACUCUUCUGACCAGACAAAGGUCUCUUGGGUUGAGGUAGUUGAGAAUCAAAAGGCUAAAAAGGUGAAGUGCCGUCUUCGUCGUUGGCUGCAUAUCUAG